AGUUUUUUUUUGCUCUUACCUCUAAUAUCGUUGAAAAAAUUGUGACAUUUGUUGAUGCAAAAUACUUGUAUAUUCAAACGACUUUUAAAUUAUGAUAGAUUUUUGUUACUAUUAAUACAAUACUAGGAUUGACAAUGCAUCAUAUUUUGAAGAAACCAUCCCCUUCGAUGAACAUAUUAAAGAUAAAGUUUCAAUUAUAUAAAAGUGCAUAUUUCGAAAAAAUUCCAACGAAAAAAUUGGCUAAAUUACUCUGCGUAAUCUUCCUUGUUUCAUUAGUAAUUUAUUGCUUUUAUCCUAGAAAGCGUUAUACAUCGGCAAUUGGAUGUAAAACUAGAAUAGCAGAGAUGAUGAUUAAAGAUAGUGGGGAAAGAAGAAGAUAUUUGGAUGGUGUUGGCUAUGAUUUAUUUAAUAUAGAGGAUUCAUAUUUUAGGACUCUAUCAACUAUUACAACUAUGUGUGAAAGCCAAGAAAGGAUUGGACCACCUGAAGAUGGAGGAUGGGAUAUCUGCUUAGAUGCAUCUUAUAGAUUUUCUACACCUUGCCUUGUCUAUUCCUUUGGUAUAGAUAAUGAUUUUAGAUUUGAAGAAGGAAUUGAAGAUCGUUUCGGUUGCGAAGUUCAUGCUUUCGAUCCUAGUAUGAACAAGGAAGAUUAUCAAUAUUCCGACAGUAUCUACUUUCAUAAUAUUGGAAUUGAUCAUGAAAAUGGCCUAUCAAUUAUGGGAAAUUGGAGAUUAAAAACAUUUGGAUCGAUUCUAAAAGAACUAGGACACGAAGACAGACAUAUAGAUUACCUAAAAUUAGAUGUUGAAUUUUCUGAAUGGCCAGCAUUAUAUGAAAUGAUAAAAUCUGGUUCUAUUCAUAAGAUUCGUCAAUUGGCUGUGGAAUUUCAUACUCCAGAAAUGGAUAUUCAUACUAAACCUAACAAUAAAUGUACCUGGGCAAAAGGUGACACUCUGAGAUUUAUGUAUAGAGUUAUCCUUGAACUGAAAAAUACUGGAUUUAGAAAGGAAUUUCCUCCUCAAUCGUCGGGUUAUUAUUGGCGUUGUUCUCUUGAUGAAGCUGGAUUCGAAGCUGCCUGUUCUUCAAAUUUUAAACAUUUGUCAAUAGCAGAAUUAUGGCAGCAUAUUAAACCGGGAGUUCUUGUAGAAGUUGUAAAUACUGAUCCAGCUCCUCAUGUUAAAGAGCCAAUGUAUUGGAUCGCUUCAAUUGUAAAAAUCUCAGGACUAUAUCUGCUCUUACGGUAUGAAAGUGAAGUUGCACUGCCCAAUUUAGAAUUCUGGACUCAUUUUGCAUCUGACGAUUUGCAUUUUGUGGGAUGGUGUGCCGAGAACGGAGCAAACUUGUCUCCUCCCAAUUCUAUUAUUGAUAAAACGGACUGCUGGGAAUCAUUUUUGUUCAAGAGGCUAGACGGGGCUUACACUAUACCAAGAAACUUUCGAGAUAGCAUAAAAAGAUGUCUUGAACUACCAAAUGGUUUAAAAGUUGGCAUGAAUGUGGAAAUAUUGAAUAAAGUUGCUUUAGAUACAAUGCUGCCAGGUCGAAUAAAAAGUUCAACUGGAGGUAGACUACACAUAGAUUAUAUAUGCCCACCUGCUGAAUCUAAAGCAGAAGAAGACGGUUUCUUUUAUUGCCAUUAUCUCUCUCCCGUCCUUCAUCCAGUUGGUUGGUGUGAAAAUUCAGGUCAUGCUAUGGAUCCCAAUGUACCAGCUUUAUAUCGACAUUUAUCAUCUCAAAAAGUUUCCAACGCUAUUUCUUACGAUGACAAAGAUGCUUCCCCCGAAAUGUUUCCACAGCAGGUAGCUGCUGAAUCAAAAAACGACAUUGAAUUUGAAGAGGGAAUGAAGCUGGAAGCAAUUAAUCCAUUUAAAUUAAGCGAAAUUACUGUAGCAAGCGUUUCAAAAUUAUUGGAUAGAGGAAAUAUGAUGAUAUCAUUCGACGUAAAUCCAGUCAUGCCUGGUCGAGACUGGUUUUGCUAUCAUAAAUCGAGUCCUUGCCUCCUUCCAGCCGGUUAUUGCGAUUAUUACGGACUGGAUUUAACUCCUCCAUUGUCUCAUAAGGAGAAUUUUGACUGGCAAACUUAUUUAAACGAUAACGCCGCAAAGCUGGCUCCUGUAAAGUUAUUCGAUAAAGAGUUACCCGCUCAUACCUUCAAAGAAGGUCAAAAAUUAGAAGCUGCCGAUCUAAUAUCACCUCACUUAGUAUGCGUUGCAACUGUACAUAAGAUUGCCGGUCGGCUACUUCGUAUCAGAUUUGAUGGUUGGUCGGAAGCUUACGAUCAAUGGGUUGAUUGCGAAUCAUCCGACAUUUACCCCAUCGGCUGGUGCGAAAUGGUUGGCCAUACGUUAGAAGUUCCACCAGGCUCAGCCGCCGCAAAUGGCUUGAAGGAGAAUACUAUAACUGGUAAAGGAAAAGGAAAUAGAAAGAAAAGAUCAACAAUAAAAAGGAGAAAGAGCUCUGUCGAACAAAAUUCAUCUAUUCAACACGAUAAAUCUGCUUUAAGCGAAUCAACUUUGCCAAGGCCUAUCGCUCCAAAAGCCGUAACUCAUCCAGCACUUGUUAGCGCUUUAUCACCCUUCAGAUCCAUUCAAUUGACCAAAAAUAUCCCGAAAUACGUCGAAGACGACACCGACGAAAGUUCAAUUAUGUACACUUUCGCACCGGGAGUCGAUCAGCAAAAAAUUGAUCCCCUUAAUUGGACGGUUGAAGACGUUGUUGUCUUUUUAAAAAGAAACGACUGCGGAAACCUUGCCGAAAGUUUUAGUAAAAAGGGUAUAGACGGAAAAGGCUUCCUUUCGUUAAAGAAAGAGGAUAUGAGCCAUUUAGCAGGUAUAAAAGUAUCAACAUCUUUGAAGAUCUAUAAUCUUAUACAGCACUUGAAGGAUGUCGCUGGUAUAAAAUAA